GGGGCGUUCCCGCCCGCCCGGUGCCGCCCCUCAGCACGGCCGCCAUUUCGGGAGCGCUGAGCGGGCGGGCGGCGCCCCCUGGCGGUCCUGGGGCCGGCCCGUCCCGGCCGCCAUGAAGUCCGUGUUCGUCACGGUGGGCACCACCAGCUUCGAUGAGCUGAUCGCCGCCGCCCGCUCCCCGCCCGCGCUGCAGGCGCUGCACAGCCGCGGUUUCCAGAAGCUGGUGCUGCAGGUGGGCCGGGGCUCGCUGCCACAGCCCGGCAGCAGCGGGGCMCUGGCGGUGGAAGUGUUCCGCUUCAAGGACUCGCUGGCUGAGGACCUGCAGAGCGCUGACCUGGUCAUCAGCCACGCAGGUGCCGGCAGCUGCCUGGAGACUCUAGAAAAAGGAAAGCCACUAAUAGUAGUAAUAAAUGACAAGCUGAUGGACAACCAUCAGCUUGAACUGGCCAAACAGCUCCACAGGGAUGGCUAUGUCCUCUACUGCAACUGCAGCACUCUUGUGGAGACAUUGCAGUCAAUGGACUUGUCAACUUUAAAACCUUUUCCUCCUGGACAGCCAGAAAAGUUUGCUUCGUUCUUGGAUAAAGUUCUUGGGUUUCAAUCCGCCCUGGCCGGGAAGAUGCACAAGGGCUCCAAGAAGUACUUCGGGCAGAAGUCCUUCAGCGAGGUGGCCAUGGACGACUACCUGGGMAGCCUGGGGCUGUACCGCAAGAUGACGGCCAAGGAUGCCUCGUGCCUCUUCCGAGCCGUCUCGGAGCAGCUGUUUUCAACUCAAAUUUAUCACGCAGAAGUUAGAAAAGCUUGUGUCUCGUUUAUGAGGGAGCACCAGUCUAGGUUUGAAUCCUAUGUGGAAGGGUCAUUUGAGAAAUACCUAGAACGACUAGGAGAUCCAAAGGAAAGUGCUGGYCAGCUGGAAAUGGGUGCUUUAUCAGUGAUGUACAAGCGAGACUUCAUUGUGUACCGGUACCCUGAGAARCCACCUACACGUGCUACAGACAAUGACUUUGAAGACAAGAUUUUACUGUGUUGUUCCGGUAACGGCCAUUAUGACUCUGUGUAUUCAAAACAAUUUCAGGAAAAUGCUGCUAUUUGCCAGGCUGUAUUAUAUGAGAUCCUGUACAAAGAUGUGUUUGGCAUGGAUGAGGAAGAAUUAAGGUCUGCAGUUGAGGUGUUUCGAAGUGGAUCCAAGAAGAACAGAAACAGUGGUCCUGUAGGAAGUGAGGAUGCAAACUUUGGUUGYCUCCAUGAAAAAGAGGCCAGAAAUCCAUCAGAAAAGAGACUGGAUGACUGGGAAGGCAAUGAUACUGACAACACGCAGGAAACUAAAUUCAAACAAGACAUUGAAGAACAAAAGCCUCCAGAAAAUCCUCCAAAGAUGCCUGUUCCUUAUAAAGUCCUAAAGGCACUGGACUCCUCCAUCUAUCGAAAUGUGGAGUUUGAUGUUUGGCUGGACAGCAGAAAAGAGCUUCAAAAAACUGACUACAUGGUGUUUGCUGGGAGACAGUACUAUUUAGGAGACAAGUGUCAGGUAUGUCUGGAACCAGGAGGGAAGUAUUACAAUGCUCAUAUCCAGGAAGUUGGACAGGAUAGCAGCACGUUGACUGUAUUUGUUGAGGAGCUGGCAGAAAAGCACACAGUUCCUUUGGCAAACUUAAAGCCAGUGACACAGGUUGCUCCUGUCCUUGCUUGGAAUAUGGCUCACAACAGAAGAGGAGGAGCCUAUCAGAAAGUAACGGGUGGACACUUCUCCGGAAUAGAAAUGGAUGUGAAAACACGGAAGAGGAUGCUCAAGAAGGUCCGUGGGAAGGAAGURUUCAUGGCUGUGGCUUACAGCAGGGGACAGCCAAUGCUGCCACCCCGGCUGCAGCACAGUGUUCCCUCAGGGCGCUUCCCUGCUGUUCACUGCUCCCAGGGUGCUGCAAAUAUGGCACCCUACAAACCCUAUCACCAGCAGAAUCCUCCCAGACACCACCGGGAAUCUGGCAUGCCGAGGGGAUCUAACCAAUUUAUAGACAGGCACAACAUGCUUGGCGUCACAGCAUUCCACCCCAGCCCAGGCCAGAGAGGCUGUCAGAGCUCGGACAACUUCUGCAGGUCCUGGGGAGUGACUACAAACCUCUUCUACCACAUAUUGCUCUGCCACUGGUACAGCCGCAGCCGCCGCCAGAUGCAGGGUGUGAACAAGGAGUGUCAGUACGGCUUUGUGGCAGUGGCUGCGGAGGAGCCUCAUCCUGAAGAAACUGUAACUUUCUGGAAAUUUCAUGAGGAAUAUAUCUAUGCACCUCCAGAUCCCAGCUGUGAGACUGCGACAGUGUUUGCUGCAGAGCCUGCAGCAAACUUGGUGUUGGUGAACUCUGCAACAGUUUCCAUCUCCACAGAUGUUUAUACUGCUCCAGCUACAGGUCUCUCUCCAAAUUCUGCUGCCUCCACUCCAGCCGGUGUCAUAACAGCAGCUCCCCCACAAACAGCAGUUCAGCCUGUCAUAGUAUCUCCCUUUUCUGUGGGGAGGCCAGAUACAAAGGUCUUGCGGUAUUAUUUUAAUAUGGGAUUGCAAUACUGCCAUCAGAGCUGUUGGCCCUCCAUGAUGUACAUGCAGCCAGUGCUGCCUCCAUCUCCAGUAGAAGUGUACCCAGCAUAUGCUGAGCCAGCUCCUGUCCUGGACCAGUCAGUGCCUCAGCUCUUCCCUGAUGCUGGGCAGACUGAAAUCCACCAGGUUCCCUUGGAGGCAUCCAAUGGUAACUUCCAAAAUACAGAGCCUCCACCCCUGUCCUAUGGGCCAGUGUAUUACCCAGUGGUGUCAGACCCCUUCAGCCAGCAGCCUCUGCCUGGCUUUGACUCUGUGGUUCCUGCCUAUUGCUACAUUGGUCCCUGGCAUCCAGUAAAUCCUCCCCAUGGAAAUUCCYCACCAGUGGCCAAGGCUGGGAGUUCAGCAUCACCGCCUCAGGUGGGCUACAUGGCCUCUCCUAGCCCUGCACCUCCUGAAGCACCUCAGGGAAUGUAAAKCUGGGAGCCAGGAGCUCCUUCUUGGGUUCUCAUUUCUUGUUUGCCAACUAUUACCAAUAUKGUUUUGUAAAUGUUAUCCUUUCUUAGUGAGUUGAGCCAGUUGAUCAAACUGCGUUCAAAUUUGAUGUUCCUCUUUAGGUUUAUGAUUGACAAGAUCUGUUGCUUUAGUUGAUUAGCAAAGCAUAGGAGCAAAGUACUGUAGUGCAGGGAGCAGCUUGGAUGUGACUGCAGAAAGUGAGAAAAUGCUGUCACUAAAGGCACGUUGUGUCAGGGCUUGCACUGAACACUCAAACACCUGGUUCUUGCUGAAGCACUGAAUCAGGCUGCUGCUACAACUCAGGUAAACAUUGUCACAGGGUCAUUAGAGGGGGAUAAUAAUGUUUAAAAUAAGUUUAUUUUYCCAGAUUUCGCAAAACAAAGCUGCUUUGCCUCUAGUGGUCACAUAUUUGUAAUAGCUGUAUUUCUUCAGACUUCAUAGUGCAUAGGUUUCAUGGCUAUGCAAAGYGUAAGAAUAAUGUUUUGAUCUGUUGUAUAUUGUUGUACAUUUGUAAGAUUUGUUUUGUGGAAGCUGUUGCACAUUCGGUGGUGGCUGUGGUGGUUAAU